AUGGCGGUGCACGUACAGUGAGUUUUUUGUUUAUGUUGACAGUUCAUCUUAUUUGAACUACAAGUCCGCGUACAGUCUGUACUUUCUCAGCCUUGAUACGGAAUUACGGGACAGAAUAGACGUUUUAUACGACACGAGUAUUUAUAAAAAUAUCUUAAUAUAUGCAGGUUGGCUUUUAAAUGUUUUUAAAUCAGCAGGUUUUCUUCUGUGAUCAAAUUUUAAUACAGUCGUUAGCGUUGGGGAUUAAACUUUCUAUGGAUUUACUUAAACACUUGUAAAGUGUCGUUUUGGACGAUUGCGAUCAUGGAUGGCUCAAAAGACGGAGAGACCACGUCAUCUUUCAAUAAAACCAAAGAAACAAACAGGACGUAUGUGAUCUCAGCGAUCACCAGAUGCGGUGACAACACUCACAAACCAGUUUCAUAUAGUGGCAGACUCACUCUUCAACGAAAACCCAGUAAAACUACUACAAACCAGGAUGUAACCACACAGGAGAACCAAACACCAGAAAAACGACUGACACUAAAACGACGGACCAGAACAGGAUCCAUAACCAGAACGAAAGUCCUAUCUGAACCCAAUCCAACACACAUGUCAGCAAAGGACAUCCAUAAAACCACCAACACACCGGGAAAAACACCAUCUGCUCCAAAAACAAGCACUAAGAAGCUAGAGCCUACCCAUGUUGAGGCUAAAACAGUUUCAACACCCACAAGAAGGACUCAGUUUGAGAAACUAAGUGUCAAGAGAGAUGUUUUUGAGAGGUUGGCUGGUAAAGAUGCAUCUAAACCCACAUCUAUAAAGCUUACAAGUGUAGGAGCCCAUAAACCUCCACAUGUGAGCACAGAACCUGGAAGAUCGAGAUGGGGAGCCAACACUGAGAAGAUUCAGAUUGGUGGUUUAAAUAGGCACAUGACACCGGCAUCACAGGUGAGGAGACCUACGACCCUAAUGAGCUCCACACCUCAUGGAGGACAGAGUGCUUCUAGACCCGCUUCAGGAGGACCGAAUGUUCCCGUUGAAUCUCGAAGCAGAACAAGUGCUCCACCACCUGAAGAGCUGAAGAUGGAGAACAGCGCUGUCACCGUUGCGGUUCGAGUAAGACCUUUUUGUUCAAGAGAGAAGAAUGAGAAAGCCUGUCAGGUGAUCUUCAUGAACAACCAGGAAACACUAGUGCAGCAUCCAGACACCAAACAAACCCACACGUUUAUGUUUGACUAUUCUUUUUGCUCCGUUGAUGAAUCGGAUGCAGAUUUUGCCAAUCAGAAGAUGGUUUAUGAAAAAUUGGCUCGGCCCUUGCUUGAAAGAGCGUUUGAAGGAUUUAACACGUGUCUUUUUGCCUACGGGCAAACUGGUUCUGGGAAGUCUUACACGAUGAUGGGUUUCGGGGAAGAAGUUGGCGUUAUUCCCAGGUUCUGCAGGGAAAUUUUCUCAAGAUUGUCCAAGGGUGAAACCAAAGAGGUUUCCUGCCAUCUGGAGAUGAGCUACUUUGAGGUGUACAAUGAGAAGAUCCAUGAUUUGCUGGUGCCAAAGGAUGAACAAAAUCAGAAGAAAAUGCCUCUUCGUGUCAGAGAGCAUCCAGUAUAUGGACCUUAUGUUGCAGAGCUGUCCACGAAUGUGGUCACUUCAUAUGCUGAUAUUCAGACUUUGCUUGAGCUUGGAAACAGACAGAGAGCCACGGCUGCCACCGGCAUGAACGAUAAAAGCUCGAGAUCUCACUCUGUUUUCACAUUGGUCAUGACGCAAACUAAAACAGAGUUUGUAGAGGAGGAGGAACAUGAACACUGCAUCACCAGCAGAAUAAACCUGGUGGAUUUGGCUGGAAGUGAGCGUUGCACUUCAGCCCAGACAAGUGGAGAUCGACUCCGAGAGGGAGCAAGCAUCAACAAGUCACUGCUGACAUUAGGAAAAGUGAUCUCUUCACUCUCAGAACAGGCACAGAGCAGAAAAAAGGUCUUCAUCCCGUAUAGAGAGUCAUUGCUCACAUGGUUACUAAAGGAAAGUCUCGGUGGGAACUCUAAGACUGCCAUGAUCGCUACACUGAGUCCUGCGGCCAGUAAUAUGGAAGAAAGCCUGAGCACACUUCGAUACGCCCAGCAGGCCCGUAUGAUCAUUAACAUAGCCAAAGUCAACGAAGACACCAACGCCAAACUGAUCCGAGAGCUGAAGGCAGAGGUUGAGAAACUCCGUUCGGCUCAGAUGAGCUCUCAGGGUGUCGAACCGGAGAAAAUGAGACUGUUUCAGCAAGAGAUCGCAGCGCUUAAGAACAAACUAUCUCAACAGGAGCAAGACAUGGCUGAGGCUCACAGAACUUGGAAGGAAAAAUUGGAAGAGGCAGAAAAGAGGAAACGUGAGGAAACCAAAGAGUUGCAGCGGGCUGGCGUCACCUUUAAGGUGGAUAACCGGCUGCCUAACCUUGUGAACCUGAAUGAGGAUCCGCAGCUGUCAGAGAUGCUCUUGUACAUGAUUAAAGAGGGUGAUACCAAGGUCGGCAAGCUCAAGUCUGUUUCGGCCCAUGACAUCCAGCUGUCUGGGGCUCUUAUAGCUGAUGAGCACUGUGUCAUCUCCAAUGUGGAAGGCACCGUCAGCAUCAAACCAAUGCUGAAUGCCAAGACCUACUUGAAUGGAAAUAUCGUGUCCGAGUGCACCGUGCUUCACCAUGGAGACCGUGUGAUUCUCGGAGGCGAUCACUACUUUCGUUUCAACCACCCCUCUGAGGUUCAAAGCGGCAAGCGUGUGUCCUGUUGGAACCCUGGAGACGGUCAGAGAGACUUUGAGUUUGCCAAAAACGAACUACUGUCGGCUCAGAGGGCGCAACUUGAAGCAGAAAUCGAGGCGGCCCGAUUGAAGGCCAAAGAGGAGAUGAUGCAGGGGAUCCAGAUGGCUGAAGAGAUGGCACAGCAGGAGUUGAGCGAGCAGAAGAUCCAGUACGAGAAUCGGAUCAAAGCUUUGGAGAGAGAGCUGGAGAAUGAAGGUGCAAAGAAAAGAGAGCAGGAACAGGACAAACAGCGAGCCGUCACUCAAAUCGAACAGUUGCAGACUGCUAAAACGCUGCUGGAACGGGAGGUAAACACCCAUCAGAAACGUCUGCAGGUGGAGGCCCAGGCUACAAGACAGGCCUUGGCUGACCAUGAUAUCCGGCAUGCUAAAAUCGUUGAGGCCCUUGAGGCGGAGAAGAAGAAGAUAGCUGAAGAUCUGGCUCAGAUAGAGAAAAAACGUGCUCAGAAAGUCAACCAAACCCCUAAAUCAGUGUUUGCAGGCUAUCCACAGUGGGAUUCUAUGAAGCUGUCUUUAAUGAUUGAAGAAGCAAACAAAAUCAGUGCCAAACUCAGGAAGCACACAGUCUUCAGCAGACACGAGGGAAAUGAUAAAGAAAAUGGUGGUGGAGGCGCUCUGCUGCAGGUCCAAGUUCAGAACAUCAAACUGGGGAUUUCCACUUUCUGGAGUCUGGAGAAGUUUCAGGGUAACUUGGCCGGCAUGAGAGAACUCGAGCAGGGGGAGAGCAGUCCCAAAGAUGACGACGUGUUUUACAACCCUAACGAUGAAUGGGAAGCAGACUUAUCUGCCUCUUCUUCAACCUCCUCCUUCUCUCGUAGAAGGAGUAGAAGUUUAUUAAAGGGCAGGAGGAUUUCUGGCCGUCUCUAUGAGAUCAGAGUGCAUCCCAUUCAGAGCUUACAUUGUGGUCCCUCACAGUCUACCGGGCUCAUGGGUAUGAGCAAACCCCCGAGCCUUCACUCCAACUCUGACUCCGCCCUCCCAGCCAUCUGCAAAGAUCUAAUAGGUGCAUCCAUCGCCCGUCUACGCUCCUGUCAAUCAGCCGACGAGAGCUUGGCCGACAAACUGACCCUAGACCUGCUUGCUUCACACGCUGCUGUGAGGUCCAUCGCUGACCUCUACGAUCACCUUGACGACGACAGUCAGGAAAACUUGUUCGCUUGCAAUACCGAAGCCCAGACUCAUCUAGUGAAGGCCACUUCUGCUGUGGAGAGGGCUGUGUUUGUUACUAUGCACUGGGUCUCCAACAUAAAGCCCAGCUCGAACGCGGUGUCACAGACAGCCGAAGAGCUCAAGGCGGAGGUCAAAAAAAUCGGAGGCUACCUUCAGUUACUUAUUCAGGGCUGUGACUCUGAGAUCUCCUCCAUGGUAACAGAGGCCCAGAGGAAGGUCACCAAGUGUCUGAACACAGCUCUCAGCACCAUCGGUUUGCUGGCGGCAGUGAGCGGGACUGAACUUCAUUUGACUGAACUCGGUUCAGAGGUCAUAGGCAGUAGGUCGAUUUUGGAUUUUUUGCUCGACGGGAUGCAUCGAGGUGUGACCGCUCUUCUUGACGCUGGCCUGUCCAUCACUAAACUGAUGCUUCAAGAUGCUCAGAUAGUUCAGCCUAGAACACAGACUUUACAGAGUCUGAAGAACAGAAUGGUGGAGGUCGCCCUCGCUCUACAAAGCUACAUCCACUGCAGUUUGUCGGAGAGGUCGGACUCCACCGAGACUUCCACAAAGAACAAUGAAGACUCAGACACGUAUGGUCUUCAGAACACUGCUUCUAAACUUCUUAAGCUGAACCAGGCCCUCGCAGACCUCCACUCCUCACUCUCAAGCUCCCUUAAGGGGAGAGGCAGCGACGCUGGCCUCAGUUCUUUCAGGCAAACGAUACAGACUUCAUCCAAGACUAUUGAUGAUGUCAUCAACGGUCUCCCACGCCAAAUGGGCGGCGGGCGCGCAGACAGUCUUGGGCUUCCGUGCGUGAGGCGUGCCAUGGCCGCCCGCAAUGACGUGCAAUCGGCUCUGCAUGCUUUGACGGGGGCGUGGGAUAGAAGCACGGAUGAAAUGCACUCGCUGGAUGAAGACGACCGCUUUACUAUAGCGGAGGUGCAAGAUCCUGGAUAUGAAGACAGAAUCCGAACCGUCCCUAAAGUUGUGUAUUCUCUUUCCUCAGGCAUUAGCACAUGUUCCAGAGAUGCCCGUUGGGUGUGAUGAGGGCAACCACCAACUAAAUGUGCUUAUAAGGGUACUAGUCAUGUGUAUAUAACCUUUUUGUGUGUGUUAUUGCAUUUUGAUAUAUUUACAAUAUACACUCCUACAGGUGUACAGUAUUGAACAAUUGUCGUACAACCUGUAUAAUUAAUAGUAUUCUGUUAUGUUUCCAUGAAGGGCUUAUUUGUAUAUGCAUUAAGAUGGUGUAUGAAUACUUUGCAAGCAACCAAGCACUCAUUUAUUAUGGUUGGUAGUGUAAUUCUAUUAACUGGAUCAUUUAUUUCCAGACCGCAUAUAAUACAUUUAGAAAACACUUUGCUGUUGACUAUAUAUUUGCACUUGAAAACUUUGCACAAGCUUGGUGGCACAGGCAUUUCACAUUUUUAUUGGCAUAGAAAUGUGUUACUUGGCAGUUGUAGCUGCAUUUUCUCUGGAUCAUGUAACUGUUCAACAAUAAUUUAUACUUCGGUAAUAAACGCCCACUGGGACUCA